AAUUUUGGGGGCUUGCUGUAGAGACUACUCAUGGCUGUCCUUUCUUUGCAGAGGAAUGCCUAGUCUCUGAUACUGGCAGGUCCCCUGUGAGAAAAACCAGAGGUAAAGCAAAACCAGAAGAAGCUCAGGUAGAAGUCUCCCAAAUCCUGCAUGCUGUGUUCCGAAGGGAUGGACAUCUGGAAGCCCUGCCCGCCUUUGGUCAUCUGGAUAGACCAUCCACUGUCCACAAACAACAUCCAUCAGUUUCUUCACUUCUUGUUCUUGAAAUUCUUUGUUACAUCACUGAAUAAUGGAUGAGUCUGAGAGAGAAAAAGAGAAGAGGGAUGUACCUAAUGUAUCUGAAAAUAAAAAGAAGGACCAGUACAGUUCCUUUUUCAGAGAACUGCGUGCCAUAAUUCAAGCUCAUGGAUAUCCUGUAAAAGGAGACAGAUAUAAAACAUCACAGCGCACUACUGACCCUUCACGGAAGAAGGAAGGCAAAGUCAAUCCGGAAACCUCCAGAGACAUAUCUAAUUGGAUUCCAUCAUUUCAGAGCUAUGAAGACUUCAAGUGUAAGACACUACAAUCAUUAGAUGGCUUUAUGAUAAUACUGAGCCUAGAUGGAGUGAUAAUUUAUGUCGGUGGAAGCAUCACUUGUCUCCUUGGCCAUUUACCAGAUGAGAUUGUGGGUAAAAAAUUAUUAAGUCUUCUGCCUGAUCAUGAGAAAAGUGAAGUCCACCGAAAGAUUGCUCUCAAACUUCCUUCGUCAAGCUCAGUGGGAAAACAUACUGACUUUUGCUGUCAUAUAAAGAGAGGAAAUGAUAAACGUGGUAGUAACCCUACUUAUGAAUAUGUGAAAUUAAUUCUGACUUUAAAAGAUAUUUCAAAUGAGCCUUUGGUGCUCUUCAGUAGCUUCUUCCCCAGUCCCUCUUUUGCUGAAUCGUGUGGUACAUAUCUUCCUCUGGAGGAUCGGUUUUAUCUGGUCGGGUCCAUUUGUAUCCUCAGGACUCAGAUUCUACGGGACCUUUUCACUGUGGAGAAAGCUGGGGAAGAUAUUCAGCUGAUAAAUGACUCAGAUGAGGAACAUCUAUCUACAGAGUGCAGAAGUGUUCAAGGCCAAAUAAGAAUUUCUAGAAUGGAAUCCCUGUGUGCUGAACCUGCUGCUCCUGCCUCAGAUUCAGCUACAUCAUCUUUGCAGAGCUCUGAAUUCGAACCUGAGGUGGAACAGGUGGAUGAUAUGGAUGAGGUGCAACAGGUGGACGAGGUGGAAAAGAUGGGUCAGAUUGAUGAGAUGGAAGAGGUGGAACAAGUAGAGAAAGAAGAAGAGGUGGAACGAGCGGAGGAGGUGGAGGAGGAGGACCAGCUAGACCAAGUGGAGCAGGAGGCCCUCUCAUCCUUCAGUGUGGCUGGUGGCAUCAGUGAUGAGCUAUUAGAACCACUACCGUCAAUUGCAUUGUACAUCAACAAACGGGAACUGGGGCUGAUGAGGAAGUUUAGGGAGCAGCUGGAAGAAAAGACUCGGAUGCUGCAGGCUGAGAUCAGAAGCCUACAAGACGCACUGGAAAUGAUGAAGGAGCAGCUUCGGAGAACAGAGGAUUCUGGCUUUCAGAUCAGAGGCCAGUUCCAUAUGCAGCCAACCACCUCACACCACCUUCACUGUCCUGAGCCCCAGUCUUUGGAGCCAGUGCCCAAGAAACCGCGCACUGAGCAAAUGGAGGGGCCCUUCCCAGAUUUCAAGGACACCAGCCUUUCCUGUGGUUCAUCUUCCCGCUAUUUCAAAUUCCCUGAGGAGCUUGAGGAGCCUUGUGAUGCCUCCAACCAGACACUGAGGUACUGUCAUCUCUUUCCUUUGGAUGCAACAUGUGCAGGGGCAGUAACAAUACCUGUAGCAGCAGAUCCUGUGGGAAACCAGAUGCUGCAAAUACGCCUGCUAAACCAGGCUGGCAUGGCUGUGUCCCUCUGUGAUGACCUUGUUACAUUUAUGCAGAACCAGCCCGUCGUUGUUCCUGUCCAGUUAAUGGCUGGACAACAUCCCCCUGACUACUGUCAAGAUGAAAACCUUGGGGGCCUCGAAGAUGACAGAGGGAAGAAGUGCAUGGGACAUUUUCUUCCUGAGGACCAGCAGGGGUCCCCCAUCAAUCUGCUGCCACUGCUGUAUAGUUCCGGCUCUGAGACAGGUUCCUCUACCAGCUUUUCUGAGUCUCCCAUAAAUUCUGACUCAAACUGAGUCACCCUGGAGACCUCACAGGAUUACAUUCAACUUUGGCAACAGCUACCAGAUCCACAGUAUCACAUUUACUUCCAAGUGAAUACUUAUCCUUCCAGUGAGCAGGCCACUAUGCAGGACCAAGCCACCUGGGCCCAGGUGCCAGCUACUGAAGUAGGAAGCCAGGGAUCUCCAGAUUCAGAGGCUUUCCAGGACCGUGAUGAAUUAACACCAGGCCAAAUCAACUAUUUCAUGUCUGCAGAACAGUCCAGCUUGGAUGAACACCAGUGGGAUUUUCAUACUGAACCUUGA